ACGGGGUAUCCUUGAAUCGAAGAGAGCAGCUACUCCGAAGCUGUGCCUCGACCAAUUCGACAACUAAAUCGACUCUAUUAUACCAUAACGAUUUCCUCCGAACCGGUCUACUCCUUUCACUCUUCGAUUCUUAAAAAAAAUGGCUACGGUCGCUGCCAGCAUCUACCCCCCUUUGGAGAAUCGCCCUCUCAAGGGCACCGUUGUCCUUUUCGAUGUUGAUAAAACUCUAUCACCAGCUCGGGGUAGCGCCUCAACCGAAAUGCUAACGCUACUCUCACAACUUCGUCACAGAUGCGCAAUAGGCUAUGUGGGCGGGUCAGACUUUUCAAAACAACAAGAGCAACUUGGCUCUUCCACCGUGCCCGUCACGUCGCUUUUCGAUUACUGCUUCUCGGAGAACGGGCUCAAUGCAUUUCGUCUAGGUAAACCCCUAGCCAGCACCAGCUUUAUUCAGUGGCUUGGAGAGGAAAAAUACCAGAAUAUGGUCAAUUUUCUUUUGAAAUACCUGUCCGAGGUUAGAUUGCCGAAGAAAAGGGGUACUUUCAUCGAGUUCCGUAAUGGGAUGAUUAACGUCAGUCCCAUUGGAAGGAACGCUACUGUUGAGGAGAGGAACGAAUUCGAAGAAUAUGAUAAAGUCCACAAUAUAAGGAGUACUCUUGUGAAAGCUCUCAGAAAAGAAUUCCCGGAGUACGGUUUGACGUACUCCAUCGGUGGACAAAUCUCAUUUGACGUCUUCCCCACCGGAUGGGACAAAACGUAUUGUCUCCGACACAUCGAGGCAGAGAAGGAGAUCAGCGGAGUCGAAUAUAAAGACAUUCACUUCUUUGGCGACAAGUGCUUCCCCGGCGGGAACGAUUACGAGAUUUACAGUGACCCUAGGACGAUCGGCCACUCUGUUACCGACCCCGAUGAUACAAUCAAGCAGCUGAAGGAAUUAUUCCAUCUAUGAAUAACAGAGCUGAGGUGACGACUUACUGUUAGACUUCUAUGUCGGGAUGACAGCGAUAGACUCGCGAAAAGCAUGACAACUGUUUACCA